AUGUCGAGCCGGGAUCCUUACCCCUACCCGAGGUUUGAGGAUGGCUUCACUCUCAGCGGCUUCAGGCCGCAACAGAGAAAAACAUAUGAGAAGCCAACUCACAUCGCCCAAACUGAGGAACCCUGGAGUCGUCUCCAUGAUGCAGCCACGAUGGCCAGCAGUCGGAGGAGUGUCAUGCAUUCUGAGCAUCAGGUUCCACAUGACAGCCUUGACUUAAAGCUGAAGGCCAUCUAUGAUCAACACACAGACUUUUUGUGGACCAAGAACGAGGUUUUAUACCAGAAGGAGACUGUCUCUGAGGACAACAGGACUCAGCAAAACUUAGAGAACAUGCAGGAAAAUGAACGCGAGAGGGACAUCAGAGUGUGGGUUGACCCACAGAAGUGCUCAAUUUACAGCAUUAAGUGA